AUGAGUGACAGCGUUUUAUUACAAAUUCCAAUUAGUGUACUUCAGGAAAAGUUAAAAGGAAUACAUAAUUUAGAAAAUGAUAGACCACCGAUAAUGGUAGCAGGUGAGUUCAAUGACUGGAAACAUGAUAAUUUAAAUUUCCAAUUACAAGUAAAUGAUGAUGAUACUUUGUACUUUAUCAAGUUACCCAAGGUUCAAGGUAAAACCAAUUUUUCAUUUAAGUUGUAUAUUCCUGAUGUCAUUUGGUUCACGGUGCCAUAUAUUGAUACAAUUAUAGAUGAAACUGGAAAUGUUAACAAUGUAAUUCAUUACGAAGCUCUACAAAUAAAAAAUGGAGAUAAUUCUUCUAUUAUUGCUUCGGUGGACGAUUAUGUUGAAAUCACAUCCUUCAGUGAGUUGAGUAGUGCUGAAGAAAUACAGAAUCGUGGAUCGGAAUCACCAAACCAAAUUACUGAUAGUAUAUAUGGAAGUACAAUAGAUGAUUAUUAUAAUUUGGAUGGUACGCCUCAAAACAGUGUUGUAUAUAGUAUAUCACAAUCAUCAAGGUUCUUAGGAUCAAGCCAAACCUUAUCAGGUGUACAAGCUUUUACCCAAAGGGUCAAGAAAUAUUUCAACAAAUAA